UUGAAGGACAUGUAAACAAGAGCAAUGAGAGUAGUACAAUCUUGACUCAAUUAUUGCUGAGAGUUUUUACAGUCAAAAGUCUUCCAAUGCAGUUGAUAAAAGAACACUGCCUUUAAUAUCUGAAGGUUACUGUUUUAUCCUCCUUUCUCCUGCCCAAAACUUCAUCGGUUUCACUCCAAUUCCGAUGUUACAACUAUUCUCAUCCAACUGCAUAGCUUACACAACUUUUCUUCUACUCUCAUUACAUCAUGUCUGCUCUCUGAUAAAUUCUCCGACGCUCAACAAUGCAACGGAUAUGCGAGCCCUUCUCUCCUUCAAAUCCAUGAUAUCCGUCAAUCCAAGCUCGCAGUUGGCCUCGUGGAACUACUCCGUCCAUUUCUGUCGGUGGCCGGGGGUCACUUGUGGGGGCCGCCGGCAUCCGGAGAGGGUAGUCUCCUUAGAAUUGAGCUCUCUAAACCUGGCAGGGUUCAUCUCAGCAUCCUUAUCCAACCUGACAUUUCUCAGGAAAAUUGAUCUUUCGGUGAAUCAGAUUCGGGGAUCAAUUCCACAGGAUAUCGGUCGACUGUAUCGGUUGCAGCAUCUCAAUCUGAGCCUGAAUUCUCUCGGAAAAGGUAUCCCUACUUCACUUUCUCGGUGUUUAGACCUUCGGGUAUUAUCCCUGGCAAACAAUUAUCUUGAAGGUGAAAUACCAGUUUUGUUAAUGAACCUGUCGUCUCUUUAUGUUCUAUCUGUUGGAAGUAACCAACUUAGUGGACAUAUCCCACCUUCAAUAGGUAAACUUUUCAAACUUACAGAGCUUGAUUUGUCCAGCAAUCGUCUUUCUGGAGAUAUCCCAGCUUCGCUGUGGAACCUUUCUUCUCUUUCUUAUCUCAACAUGGCAGAUAAUUCUCUGUCAGGUUAUCUUCCAUCUGAUGCAGGUUCCGCUCUUCUGUUGCUUCGAAGAAUUUUCUUGUAUGAUAAUCAAUUUUAUGGAUCCAUUCCAUUGUCAUUGCCCAAUGCAUCUCAUCUUGAGGUUGUAGACCUUUCGAGCAACAGGCUUAAUGGUGGAAUCCCUCCUAAUUUGGGAGACUUACGAAAUUUGCAAUGGCUUAACUUAUUUAAUAAUCAGUUGGAAGCUAUGGAACCUGAUGGAUGGAGAUUUAUUACUGCUUUGAGCAAUUGUACCGUCUUAGAGAAAUUGCAACUAGAUUCGAAUUACCUUGGCGGCAUUCUUCCUAUUUCUAUUGCCAACUUAUCCACUAACCUUCAGAUACUCAAGAUUUCAAACAAUAAAGUCUCUGGGAACAUUCCUCCUGAGAUUGGGAACCUUGUUAGCUUGACAGUGCUCGAGAUGAGACAUAACCUGCUGACAGGCUCUAUCCCUGUAUCUAUUGGAAUGCUUAGAGACAUGCAUAUACUGGAUUUAGGCAGCAAUAAGCUAUCUGGUAAGAUUCCAUCAACCCUCGGUAACCUUACUCGACUGAAUAUUCUUCAUAUGGGUUUUAAUGAAUUGAGUGGAACCAUACCGCGAAAUCUUGGAAAUUGCCAAAAUUUAAUCUCACUAGACUUCUCAGUUAAUAGACUAACUGGUCUCAUCCCUAUGGAAAUUCUUACCAUAGCAACAUUGUCCAUAUAUCUCAAUCUGUCGUGGAAUUCAUUAACCGGGUCAGUACCAUCAGAAGUAGGGAUCUUGAAGAAUUUGGGGGAGAUCGAUUUCAGUAUGAACAAGUUGUCCGGGGAACUCCCUAGCAGUCUUGGUAAAUGUCAGGAGCUAAAAAAUCUCUUUAUGGGAGGAAAUUUCAUCCAUGGAAAUAUCUCUUCACCUUUGAGUACAUUGAGAGGCUUGCAAGAGUUGGAUCUUUCACAAAACAACCUCUCAGGGCAAAUACCAUACUUUUUACAGGACUUUCCGUUUCUAUACUAUGUUAACCUCUCUUUCAAUAAUUUCGAGGGCGAAGUUCCAAGGGAUGGUGUCUUUGCAAAUACAAGUGCAGUUUCGGUCCUGGGAAACGAGAAGCUGUGUGGAGGGAGCUCAACAUUACACUUGCCACCUUGUACAAUUCAAUCAACUUGGAAGAAGUAUAGAUUUGCUACACUUGCAAUAAUCAUCUCAUUUGCCACUGUAUGUCUAGUCUUGCUCCUACUUGCCUACCAGAUACGAAAGCCAAAAGGGGAACCUAUUAGAGAACCCGCAUAUGAACGUGGAAGAAUAUCUUAUGCUCGACUUGUGAGAGCUACAAAUGGAUUCUCUGAAGAAAACUUAAUUGGGGUGGGCAGUUUUGGUGCCGUGUAUAAAGGAUCAUUAGGAUAUGAUAGGCAUAGCACCCUCAAUGGGAUUUAUAUUGCUGUAAAGGUAAUUAACCUUCAACAGCGAGGAGCUUCCAAAAGUUUUGUGACGGAGUGUGAUGUUUUGAGAAACAUGAAACACAGAAACAUCGUCAGAAUCUUAACAACUUGUUCAGGUGUCGAUUCCUAUGGAAAUGACUUCAAAGCAUUGGUCUUUGAGUUCAUGGUUAAUGGCAGUUUAGAGAAUUGGUUGCAUCCGGAAGCUAAUGAGGAAAGAAUGGAUGAGAGAUUCAACCUUUUACAGAGGAUUAACAUAGCCACUGAUGUGGCCUCUGCAUUGUAUCAUCUCCACCACGGUGGUGAGAAUCCCAUUAUUCAUUGUGAUUUAAAGCCAAGCAACAUUCUUCUUGAUCAUAAGAUGACUGCUCGUGUGAGUGACUUUGGGCUUGCCAGAGGUCCUUUAGAAACUCUAAUCAGGUCUUCUUUGCACACUGUCACAACAUUUGGUUUGAGGGGAACCGUUGGCUAUGUUGCUCCAGAAUAUGGGACGGCGAACAAAGCUACCAUUAAAGGGGAUGUCUACAGCUACGGUAUACUUCUGCUAGAAUUGUUUACUGGUAGGAGACCCAUCAAUGAAACUUUCGAAGAUGGCAUGAACCUCAGAAGAUAUGUUAAAAUGGCUCUACCUGAAAAAGUUGUCGACAUCAUGGAUUCACGCAUUGCGGCUGAUAAUGACGCAAGAGUUCUGAAAAAGGUAUCUUUUAUUCUUAAAAUUGGCCUUUUCUGUUCUAAUGAGUUGCCAUCUCAUCGUCCAGAAAUGAAAGAUAUUAUCAAAUCUUUGUAUGUUAUCAGAGAUGGAUUCCUACAGCAGCCACAGAAUACAACUGAGGGGUAGAGGGUCAUUUAAGAGUUCAUAAAUGACUGUUAUUUCAUGUGAAAUAGGCUUGAAAUAAAGCUAGGAUGGCUCUCGUCUCCUGCACGGAAAGAGAAAUACCUUUGACGAUGAGAAAUUCCAAACAGAAGUUCAUAUGUGGUUACCAUUUCAUUACAUGUAAAUGAGAAGUUCAAAAGUCCAUUUCUUAUAAAAAUUAAAAAAAAAAUUUAAAAUUGUGUAUCUUGUAAAUGUAGCUAGCUGCAGUAACUGAUCUGUAACUGGUCUUCCAGGUUUUUUUAAUACAAUAUUGUGAUUACAGAUA